UUUCUAUAUCUACACAAAACGACGUAACUUCAUCGAAAAAAAGAGCAAAGUGUCAAUUGUCUGCAAUUAUCACAUGCAAAUUAAUAAACACGAUAGUGUGAAAAUUUUUUAACAUAAUUUUCUAUUCAUCUAAUAGUAUUUUACAUUCUAAAGUUUUUAAUAGUUUCUUAUAAAAAGGUGAACAAUCAACUUCUAUCGCGGUGAAUAAAAAGUGACUUUCUUAUCAACGCAGUGGAAAUCAGCUGAGGCUUUAGAUUACUUCUGCGCGAUACAUUGCGCAAACUUAUCCUAUCCAUUUUCAAGAUCAAGCCGUUAUUUACGAAUUCGGAACAUUUCCCUGCUUCGAUUCACAUUGAUUUCGGAUUCUUUCAAAAUAACAUUUGAGAUUUAAUACAAAAAUAUAUUUUCAAUUAAGUAAAAUGGCAUCUCGAUUGCAAGGCCUUUCUCUCAAAGGACUACAAAAGCAUCCAUCUUUAAUUCCCCUAUUCGUUGUUAUGGGUAUUGGAAGUUCGGUCGCUAUUUUUUGCACUCUAAGAGCCGCUAUAACAAAUCCGGAUAUAACGUGGAGCAAUAAAAACAAUCCAGAAUCGUGGAAUGAAUACAGUGAUAAAGGGUAUAAGAAGUUAGUUACCGUGGAUAACAAGGCUCCGUUUAACACAAGACAUUCGACAAUUUUUGAUAUAGCCAAAAUAUAAGCACAAACUUAAAAAUAUUUAACCUAGAGCUAAAACAUCUUGGAUGAAAUUAAGUUAUUUUUAAUUCAUUAUUUUUAAAUUAGUGGUCAUUAAUAAAUUACGUAACACUGCUUUAUACCUUUCUUCCCCCUGCCGAAAGUAUUUAUAACACAUUUGUUUUGUCGAAAUUUUAUUCGUUAAAUUACUACUCUCCUUUAAAGUGUUCGGUACUUAUUUAUAGACUUAUUUAUAUUUAUUUAUAAAUUAAUCAUAUUAAUUAUUUAUUUGAAUAUUAUUAAAAUAUAUUUAUAGUAGUCUUUAAAUUACAGAAAUUGCAUUGAAAAUACAUAUUGUGAAACUUUUAGUCAUGGAACAAAUACUGU